GUCUUUUAACAGCUGCACGUUUUAUUUUGGACAGAUAUUGUAAACUAUGCAAUACUCAACUUCAAGUGAUAUGAUGUAAAGUUAAUAUUUUAGUUAAUUUUAUAAUUGCUGCUAUUUCAUUAAUUCUUAAUACAGAAAUUAUUUAUUUGUGAAAUUAUUUUUUUUAAUUUUAUGUAUAUAUCAUGUUGACGUAUUCUGAUAAACUUAUUAUGGCCCCUAUGGUUCGUGUUGGUACUUUACCAAUGCGAUUGUUGGCACUGGAAUUUGGAGCUGAUAUUGUUUACACAGAAGAGAUAAUUGAUUUCAGACUUUUAAAAUGCCAAAGGAUUGAAAACCGUGUAUUAAAUACUAUAGAUUUUAUUGAUGAAGAUCAAAACAUUGUAUUCAGGACAUGUGCAAAGGAGAAACCAAAUUUGGUUUUGCAGUUGGGCACAGCUUCUCCAGAGAGAGCUUUGAAGGCAGCAAAAAUGGUGGAAAAUGAUGUAUCAGGUAUAGAUGUUAACAUGGGAUGUCCCAAGGAAUUUUCCAUCAAAGGUGGAAUGGGAGCUGCUUUGUUGACUGAGCCUGAGAAAGUUAAAGCCAUUCUUACAAAUUUAACUCAAGGUCUAUCAUGUCCAGUUACAUGCAAAAUCAGAGUGCUGCCUGAGCUUGAGAAAACAUUAGAAUUGGUGAAAAUUAUUGAAAGCACUGGUGUAGCUGCAAUUGCAGUGCAUGGAAGAACAAUUACUGAAAGACAGCAGCAUAAGAAUAGAAACUAUGUCAUUAAAGCAAUUUCUGAAGCCGUGUCUAUUCCUGUCAUAGCCAAUGGUGGAUCUAGUGAAAUUACUUGCUUUGAUGAUUUUGAAACUUUUCGCAAAGCAACUGGUGCUUCAUCUGUGAUGAUUGCUCGACAAGCUGAAUGGAAUUGCUCAAUUUUUCGUAAAAAUGGAAAGCUACCUCUUGAUGAUGUGAUUGAAAAGUAUAUCAAAUAUGCAAUUGAAUAUGACAGUAAUGUUUGGAAUACAAAGUAUUGCAUUCAACAGAUGCUCGGUUCUCUUCAAGAAAGUGAUAGAGGAAAGGUGUUACUAAGUGCACAAAAAAUGGAAGUUAUAUGUGAUUUGUGGAAUUUGGGUGAUCUCUUAAAGAAAAAGAAACAAGAAAUACAUUCAAAAUCUGAAAAAUUGAAGAGAUUAGAGGAUAGGGACAUUGAACUACAAGUGGCUUUGAAAAGACGGCGUAUUUCAGAUGAAAAUAUUCAUGAAGUAGAUGUGAAGUUUUUGCGAUCAAAUUAUGGCAUGGAUGAUCUUCCCAAAAGUGUUUUAUGGAACUGGAUACUAGAAAAUAACUUUGAUAAACCAGUAUAUAAAACAGAUCAAUAUGAGAAAAGUUUUCAAUCUGUUGUUACAAUAAAUGGAGAAAGGUACACAAAUCGAUGUCUGGAAAAGAAUAAGAAAAAUGCUGAACAGGCUGCUGCUUUAGCUGCAGUAAUUAUCUUAGGUCUAAUGAAACAUCCAAAAGAAGACAAUAAAAUAUCUGAGAAGAAAUUAGAUGUUCAAGAUAAUCUAGAUCUUACACAUACGGAGAAUAAUCAUAUUUGUCAUGAUUCAACAAAUAAUAUUGUCCCUGUGAGGUGACACAUUUUGUUAGAU